AUGGAAAGAUUCAACAACACCUUUCCUCAUCCCAAUGGCUUUGUUCUGGUGGGCUUCUCUGAAUGGCCCAGACUAGAAAUGGUUCUUUUUGUGGCUGUCUCCGCCUUUUACAUAAUGACCCUCCUUGGAAAUUCAGCCAUCAUUUUCUUGUCCCGCCUUCAUCCCAGACUCCACACGCCCAUGUAUUUCUUUCUGGCUAAUCUCUCUUUUUUGGACCUCUGCUACACUACCUCCACUGUCCCACAGAUGCUGGUCAACAUACAGAGCCACCAGAGAAACAUCAGCUACACAGGAUGCAUAGCUCAGCUUUUCAUCUUCCUUGGCUUAGGAUCCACUGAGUGCAUACUUCUCUCAGUAAUGGCCUUUGAUCGUUAUGUCGCUAUCUGCCAGCCUCUCCAUUACACAGUUAUCAUGCAUUCUCGGCUUUGCCAACAAAUGGCGGCAGUGGCUUGGGGAACAGGUUUCAGUAACUCCUUGGUGCAAACAGUGUUGACUUUCCUGUUACCUCGCUGUGGUCAAUAUCGGGUAGAAAAUUUCUUCUGUGAGGUACCUGCUAUGCUUCAAUUAUCAUGUGUUGAUACAUGGACCAACGAAGUCGAGAUGUAUGCCGCUGUGGUGAUCAUAAAAGUUAUACCUGUUGGAUUAAUUCUGUUCUCUUACAUCAACAUUGUCAGGGCAGUGGUUGGGAUCCAAUCUCCCGAGGGUCGCAAGAAGGCAUUCAACACAUGUGGGUCUCAUCUGCUG